AUGGCUACUCCAAUGCGUAACCCAAAAGACUCUAUGAAGUCGAGCUGGCGCUCCUGGGAUCAUUCAGAAUGGACCUUCUUCCACUGGUUCCUUGAUUACCUGAAUGUGCAUCAUGUCGAUCUGAACGAAGAAGUGCCCGUUCAUCAGAAAUCCGAGAGGGUACCAUAUGCCCCAGAGCUGCAGUUCCAUCGCUGGGUUCUCACCUAUGCCUUCAUUCCACUCGUCAUUCAUCAACUCUACGUUAACUUCGUCGGCUACCCGCCGGCGUGGCUAGCCUUUAUCUUCUACAGCGUGGCUCUGGAACUCAUCGCUGUCAAAGAAACACAUAUCCUCCGCCGGGUCGGCCACAAAAUCGGAUUCUUCGAUGGGGACAAGCACGCUCGCGACGGUGUCCCCGAUGUGGGCGUCAGCAAGACGGCAUGGAGCCUUUUGGCCGUGAUCGCCCUCCGUCCCAUGCUGUCCGUUUUCCUCGCCUACCGCACCGACGAAGCCCCAUCAUCCAUGAGAUGGGGAUGGCUCAUCUUCGAAACCGGCAUGUACCCCUUGGCCAUCGACUUCUGGUACUACAUCAUGCAUCGAUCGGCCCACGAAGUCGAGCACCUCUGGCAAUUCCACCGGACUCACCACCUGACCAAACACCCGAACCCUCUAUUGACUGCCUACGCGGACACGGUGCAGGAGUUCAUCGACGUCAUCGGCACUCCCCUUCUCGCGUACACCUCACUGAAACUCAUGGGAUUCCCAAUGGGCUUUUAUGAAUGGUGGAUCUGUCAACAAUACGUCGUCUUCACGGAGGUUCUUGGUCACAGUGGUUUGCGAAUGAUUGCCACGGCGGUUAACCCCUGGACGUGGCUUCUCCGGUUGUGUGACAUGGAGCUUGUGAUCGAGGAUCAUGAUCUCCACCACCGGAAGGGCUGGAAGAACAGCCACAACUACGGCAAGCAAACCCGAGUGUGGGAUCGCUUGUUCAGCACCUGGAUUCCUCGUGUCGAGGGACAUGCCGACAACAUUGAUUAUGUCAACACAGCGGAAAUUCCGCUGUUUUAA